AGAAAAUCAACAGGAAGAUGCACUUCUCCAAAACCAAGCACAGCAAGUUCAAUGAGUCGGGUCAGCUGAGUGCCUUCUACCUCUUCUCCUGCCUGUGGGGAGCCAACAUUCUUGUUUCUGAGAACCUCCUGUCCAAUCCCGUCAGCCUUUGGGACGGUUACCCGCACACUCUUAUGCCGUUCCAGAUGAAGUUCUACUACAUCUGUCAGCUUGGUUACUGGCUUCAUGCUAUCCCUGAGCUCUACUUCCAGAAGACCAAGAAAGAGGACAUUCCUCGUCAGCUUGUUUAUAUCAGCCUUUACCUGGUUCACAUCACAGGGGCCUAUGUUCUGAAUCUGAACCGGUUGGGCCUGGUGUUGCUGGUUCUGCAUUACUUUGUUGAGCUCCUCUUCCAUCUAUCCCGACUCAUUUACUUCAGCAAUGAAGACAGACAGACCGGGUUUACAGUUUGGGCUGUUCUGUUUGUGCUGGGCCGGUUGUUGACUCUUUCCCUGUCUGUUCUCACUGUGGGCUUUGGGCUGGCCGGAGCAGAGAAACAGGGUCUGAACCUCGCAGAGGGAAGCUUUAAUGUCCUGGUUGUUCGGGUGACUGUCCUGGCUGCAAUAUGCACCACUCAGGCUUUUAUGAUGUGGAAAUUUAUCAACUUCCAGCUACGACGAUGGAGAGAACACGCACCGACUCAGACCUUAAAGAAGAAAUCAUCCUCUUCUAAGAGCAAAUCAAAGAAAGCCAAUGGUGUGAACGGAUCUGUUGGUGCCAGUGGAGCAGAUUCCCCAAGAGCGAGGAAGGAGAAGUCAUCAUAAACUGCUCUUGGUCCCAACUUCUGUCCUGGCUGAAAUCAGCCUGAUCAUUCCUCUCCCUCCUCUUUGUCCAACAGUUUAUCUGUAGCCCCUUUUCCCUUUCCCCUCUUGUUUAUCUGAAGAAA